GAAGUGUUGUGUGAUCCUAAUAUCAGUGCAAUUCUCGCUAGACACAGAUAAUGCAAGAAAUCAGUUCCGCUUAAACUCUGCUGGGAUGCCGUUGUGUACUGUGUACUGAUAACACAAAACAUUCGGAUGGACAUUCAACCAGGCGGAUGGUAAUUGAAUUAACUGCACAACGCGCGUGUCCGAAUCACUCCGAAUUGCAACACUCUCGAACGUUUCUGUUCCCUUUCAAGUCAUACUCGCACGAUGGCUUAUCAAGGAGGAUAUUACCAAGACCCUAAUCAGGCUUAUUACGGAGCCCAGUAUCCACCGCAGCCCGGAUACAAUCCAAACUAUCCACCGCAACAACCCGGCUAUCCCCCGCAACAGCCUGGUUAUCCACCGCAACAACCCGGCUAUCCACCGCAACAACCCGGAUAUCCGCCCGCUGGAUAUCCGUCAGGAGGCUAUAUGCCCGGCUACCCGCCACAGCAACCGCAAGGAUAUUCACCACAACCAGGAUUCGUUCAACCACCACCAGGCAUGCCGGGUGCUUACGGUGCCGCCUAUGACCCCGAGACGGGUAGUGUGAAGGGAUUCGAAUUCAAUGACCAAUCGAUUCGGCGCGGAUUUAUUCGCAAGGUUUAUUCCAUCCUUACGGUGCAACUUAUGAUCACACUUGGCUUCAUUACGCUGUUCCUCUACCAUCGGCCGACCAAGUUAUGGGUACAAAACCACCCGGAAAUGUUUUGGAUCGCGCUUGGCGUCAUGGUGGUCACGCUAAUUUCGAUGGCUUGUUGCGGGGACGUACGACGAAAGGCACCGAUGAAUUUCAUUUUCCUCACGCUUUUUACAUUGGCGCAAGCGUUCCUGCUGGGUGUUACCACGGCUAACUUUAGCUCGCAAGAGGUUAUGCUGGCGGUGGGAAUAACAGCGGCGGUCUGUCUAGGGCUGACCUUGUUCGCCUUCCAGACCAAGUGGGACUUUACCGUGAUGGGUGGCAUUCUGUUCGUUGCUGUCCUCAUCUUGAUGCUGUUUGGUUUGAUCGCAAUCUUCUUCCCGGGCAAAACGAUCACCCUGGUGUACGCUUCAGCUGGUGCGCUGAUAUUCUCCAUUUAUCUAGUGUACGACACGCAGCUUAUGCUCGGCGGUGAACACAAGUACUCGAUCAGCCCAGAAGAGUACAUCUUUGCAGCGCUGAACCUAUACUUGGAUAUUGUCAACAUUUUCCUCUAUAUUCUCACCAUUAUCGGUGCAACACGCGACUAAACUUAUUAGCUAGUUUUCAUUGCAACUAUAUUAUAUGUUCUCUUUUGUGAUUUCUCAUUUUUUGUUCUAUGAUUUAGUUUUUUUUCUUUUUGUAACAAUAUGAGCAAAUUUGUUUCAAAUUGCCCUUACGGGCCAUAGAAAUCUGGUUCAUUUUGCAUAUGCCUACCGAGUUGUUAUAAUGCGCGGAUGAAUCUCGCGUUGUCCCCGUUCAUCUGGGGGGUUUUUGGUAUGAGUCACACACUGUUUCGAAUUAUAAUGUGCUUAUGAGCAUGGGAAAUUACAAUAGGUUUCGUUUGCAUUAUAUUUAGGAAAUACGAACAAAUGAUGAAAUCCAAUUUUGAAUUUCAUUACUCCACAAACGCAACCCAGUGCUUGUUGAAGUAACUCUGUGCUUUAAACUGAAUUAAGCCCGUUUCUGCGAUAAGAAAAGCUGUACAUGUUUGUCACAAGUUGACAAACGCAUAGCUUAUCUUAUGUCAGCAGUAUUUGAACGAGAUGAAAAAAAGUCAAGUGAAACAAUGAGAAAAUACCGCAGUGAAAAAUUACGUUAUUAUCUAAAUCCCGACAAGCGUUAUAAGUUGAACAAACGAACAAGUUGAAUCGAUAAAUUGAGUCCAGUACCAAAAUUGGGAUAUAUGUUUGCUAAAGUUCCCCGGCCUUCUAUUGCGUGAAUGCUACUAAUUUCAUUACAAAUAUGCUACAACUUUAAGGAUCACUUAUGUGUCUGCUGCGUGUGUAAUGUAUUGAUCCAUUAGUGGUAAAACAUUUGAGGCUAUCUUUACUAUUGUUGACUAACUAGAGGCUUUUGUACCAACUACAGUUGCACUGUGUGUGAUGAAGAUAUAUUCAUUUUCUUCGUUCUCUAAGCAUAAACCAAAUGAAAGCACUAAACUGUGGUGGCAUAAGGCUUGUGCAACUUUGGCGUGCGAGGUUGGCAACGGAAUGCGGGUUUGUAAGGUUUUUUUAAUGUAUUUAAAAAACGGAAUACGGAAUGCGGGUUUGUAAGGUAAUUUAAUUUAUUUAACUUGAGGUACACUCGCAAACACUUAUUCUAAACCCUAUCCGUUUGCCCAAACGAUCCGCGCUUGAAACGCCCCGUUAAAGAUGUGCAUUCUGAAAAACAAAUAUUUAUACACAAGAUAUAUAAUUCAACAAGUCCAAUUCAUUAUAACAACCCCUCUAAAUGUAAUGCAUGUUCCUCCAUUAAUCCAGUGCUGUAUAUGUAUAUAAUAAUGGUGAUUGUGCGAAUAACGCAACGAUACAUCGUGCUGUGGUAGGUGGAUGUACUUUUUUAAUCAACGCUUAUCGACGAAAUGAACUGGAGUGCAAAUAGCAACUUAAUACCAAACCGAAUCGAAGUAACCGAAGACCCUCUGGUCGAGGCUAGCAUAAGGACGUUAUGUUCAAUAAGGAAUGUGUGGAGCAAUGAAGGAAACUAGACUACAUGAAUUGUUAUGGCGCCCCGCCAAAAAUUUACCCUAAUAACAUUUGUGUGAUUACAAUAUGACGAUAAUCAGCAUAUACAACAAACUUGAUAAAACAUACACACACAGCACACGCAACAGUGUACAAUGUUGGCCGUUUCUGAACAAUAAAACUUUCUAGCUUUAAGCCAAAGCAACCAAAUAUAUUGAAAACUAAAGAUCACAU